AUAUCUCGUUUCGGAAAAGAAAGACUUUAUAAUAAGGUAGUAUUAAUAGUAUUUAUUACUGAGUAUACGAAUAUCCUAAUUCCUAAGCUAUAUUAUUACUUUAAAGAUAAUAAGGCCAUUUAUCUAAUUAUAGAAUAUAUUAAAAGAAUAGGUAUAAAUGAGCUUGAGGAGGAGAAACGGAAGUUUAUUAAAAAGGAACUAGAGGUUUAUUUAGAGUUAUUAAAAGAGAUAAAGUCAAAAUUUUAG